AUGGCGACUCAACGUCCUCUGCGAAGCUGUAUUCUCUGUCGCCAGCGCAAGGUCAAAUGCGACCGACAGCAACCCUGCGCCAACUGCGUGCGAUCCGAAUCGCAAUGCGUAUACCCAGCAGGCGUUGGGCGCGCUCCAAAACGACCUCGCAAGGCCGUCGAAGCGCGGCUUCUGGCCCAGUUGACCCGGCUGGAGAGUGCCGUCAAGCGCAUGGAAGGGCAAUCAGUCGAGACCAGUUCCAGCACCCGAGUCGAAGGUGAAACCGACGAUCGCAAACCGGAGGUCGAGCAGCAAUUCGGCCGGCUGGUUAUCGACAACAACCAGAGCUGCUACGUGAGCAGUGCGCCGUGGACGCAGCUGGGAGAUGAGAUCGAGGAGAUGCGCGAUUUGCUGCAUCAGCCUGCCUCCGACGACGAGGAAGAGCAGUCCGUUUCGGCAUUCGAAGGGCCUAGUCCUGGGCCCGGUAUGAAUGGAGCCAUCAUGGGCUUUCGCGCGCUGGCGCAUUCCCUGCAUGUAUAUCACCCUUCUCUGUCGCAUGCAGUCGCCUUGUUCGAUAUAUUCAAGGCAAAUGUGGCACCCCUUGUGCGCGUCUUCCAUAUGCCCACGCUGGAGAGGCUCUUCUGGGAUGCAGUGGCCUCCAUGGAGAGCAUCGAGAAGAACAUGGAAGCCCUACUCUUCUCUAUCUACUACUCGGCCCUGAUCAGUCUGGACUCGGAACAAUGCUUGAGCACGCUUGGAAUAUCCAGAUCCGCUGCUCUCGAGAAAUAUCGCUUCGCCGUCGAGCAGGCCCUGGCUCGCGCGAAUCUACUCAACACGCAGAACCUCCUCCUCCUACAGGCAACGGUCCUGUUCCUCACAGCUGUGCGCAACGAAGACGACUCACGCACGGUAUGGUCGCUCACUGCCCUCGUCUACCACAUCGCACAAGCCAUGGGCCUCCAUCGCGACGGCGAAGCCUUCGGGCUAAGACCUCUAGAGACCGAACUACGACGCCGGCUCUGGUGGCACAUCUGUCUCCUCGACAACCGCUCAACAGACUAUCAUGGCAGCGAGCCCAUCGUGCACGAAUCCGUCUUCGACACGAGAAUGCCCCUCAACAUCAACGACUGCGAUAUAACUGCCGAAAUGACCCAACCACCGCCAGAGCACGAGGGUGCAACGGAAAUGACCCUCUCCCUUAUCCGCUGCACUUCUAUGCAAGUCGUCUGGAAGGUCGGGUACAUGGCACCUCGCGAGAACUACAGCUCAAAAACCGACCAGCAAGACUCAGCGGAUCGAAUUGCCCUAGCAGAAGACCUAGAGCGUCGUCUCCACGACCAAUUCCUGAAGUACUGCGACCCAAGCAUCCCACUGCUGCGGGUCGCCUCAACGGUAGCCCGAAUCAUAACACGGCGCAUGUGGAUGGGAAUCCUCUCCCCGCUCGCCCGGAAGGACAGAAUCAUCCGGGACCGUCUAUUCCAGGACUCGAUCCAAGUGCUGGAACUCUCGACCGCGCUGCUAACAGAAGAAGACGUGAGCCGGUGGGCGUGGCACUCCCGGACACAUAUCCAGUGGUACUCGGUAGCCUUCCUCCUCGCUGAACUCUGCUGGAGGGCCCCGUCCGCGGAAUGUGAUCAUGCCUGGGAAUGCGUUACGGCUGUGUACGACCGGUGGGCUUCAAUGGACUUGGACAAGAAGGUGACUCUCUGGCGUCCUAUCCGGCGAUUGAUGGCGCGGGCUCGGUAUGUGCGUGAGAUACGGAAUGUCACGCAUCCUGCUGGAGUGGUGCAUCACUGGAGAUCUGCUGGUGGCUCGCAAUCGCAGUCACAAUCACAAUCCAAAUCACCAUCGGCAGAGAAUAUUAGCCCACGGACUGGGCUGAUGUCCCAGCCUUUACCGGGAUCCCGGGGAGACAUGGCAUUGACGCCGAGUCAGGACCCCCUGAUGGAGAUGUUACCCUCAAGGAACGAUGGGCUUUUCGAUCCCUCGGCCACGGGCCUUUUUGGCUUACUGUCCGAGACGAAUGCGUUUCCUUGGGGACCGGGGUAUAUCGCUGAUAUAAAUGGUUUACCUGAUCCAGGGCAGUCGCCUUGGUCGACGGGGUGA